AUGGAAGCCUCAUCUCGACGCGAGGGCGUCGAUGCGAAGGCACUUCCUGUGCUUCUUCACUCUAUGCUGACGCAACCGUCGACUUCGUCUCCCGUGACUCUCGGCUACAAUGCACCUUCCUGGACGCAGCUCCUGGCAGCUUGCCAAAGCUCGCAAACUAAAGGCGAUGACUCAGGGGGAUUGAUGGUUUUCGCUCAGAAAGUGGAGGAGUGUUUGAAGUCGUCAGCUUCGGAGAACCCAGCAAUCCUCUCUCAAAAUUCUGGACUCGACAAAAGUAACGUCAGGUCCCUUACCAAAGCGACACAGCCAUGGCUGCGCACGCGCGGCGAAUACAAAGAGACGGAGAGGGUACUCUUCAACUCUGAGCUGGAGAAGAAGCCGGGCUACCGGUGCGACAACAAAGCAGCAGUCCAGAUAUCCUUCUCCUCAGAUUUUGGAACGGGCAUGCCGAGCCCCUUCACACAAACGUCACAGUCGGAGUGGAUGGACGCGGGCGCCGAGGACCGUUCGGCGUGGCAACAAAGGCGACUUCAAGUCCUGAAAAGGCGCAUGAUCACAAAUGUGACUGCUUCUGCCGAUGUGUCUCCGAACGAAGCACCCACACAGUCCCCUGCAUCAGCACAACAGGUUGUGCGGGUAGGCCAGCUUGCGGGAGGCGAGGGCCGGCCGUUCUCGUUUGUCUCCAUGGUUCUCGACGACGUCACCGGAAACCGAGAGUCUGUUCAGCUUCUCUACGCGGAAGAGACGCUCGCUCGCCAGCAUAGGCAGUUGACGGGAAACGGCAGGCGACGGCAAAGCGAGGAUACGUCGGUUGACGCUCCGGCAACUGGACAGCGAGAGAAUGAAAGAGAGUGCAUGUGCAGGACCGGAAGAACGGAGGAGGUUUGCGCCUACCCAGGCAUGCUCGUGGCGGCGCGCGGUGUCCUUAGGAAGACGGAGUUCGGCACCAAGUUGUCAGUCUCCUCUCUCCAUGGCGGUCCCCCGCUGCCGUCUCCGACGUUCCGCCAAGUGCUUACAGUGCCGCCUGCGGCGGCCGUUAGUCGCGAAUGUUUCUCGAGAGAGGAGUGCGAAUCUCGCACAGUUGCCGGUUGCUAUCGAGGACAACCGGUGCACAUUAUGCUUGCCUCCGCGCAGGCUCUCGUGCCUGUGAAAGGAGACGCGGUGUCGCGGAACUUGGAGCUCGAUCUACUUUUGAAUCGUGUUCGCGAAGAGGCGCCUCACAUUCUCAUUCUGUUUGGACCCAUCGUUCCGUCUUCUGCUUUGAUUAGCCUGAGUGUGUCCACCCCUGCUGCCGUUGCCACCCUUCCUGACGUGGACUGGACAUACACGUCAUUCUUCAGACAGGUGUCUUCUCGCCUGGCAGGAACGCGAACGCGCGUCUUUGUCGUUCCCAGCACCGCAGACGUCGCGCACCCUCAUCCGCUCCCUCAACCGCCAUACUCCCCAGACCUCGUCUCCUCCGACCCUUUCACGGGCCUUUCCGCUUCAGCCCGACAACAGAUUUCCUUCUUGCCGAAUCCAUGCUUCCUGUAUGUCAACGAGUUGCGGCUGCUUGUCACCUCUGAAGAUCCGCUCAUGGAAAUUGGAGCGCAGCUGGCCUAUCCGCACUGCAUCGGAUCCCAUCAAGACUUGAUUACAGCUUGCUGCUCGUCGUUUCUGCGACAGCGGACCCUAUUUCCAGGUGGAGCCUCGUCCACGCUGCCGAUGGACCCGAAACGGUUUCCGCCACGCAUGUUCGAGACGACAGAACACGGCGAGGACCUAGCCCCGCACAUCGUUAUCUUCCCUUCCGAUGCAAACAUCUCUGCGGGGACCGACGCCUCUCAACAGGGGGCUUGCGCGUGCUUCACAGACGACCGCCUGUUUGUUCUCCCGUUCAGUCCCAAGUUGGUUCGGGAAGGCUCGGCGCGCGUGGAGUGGACCAGCAUCUACGUCCAGCCCCCGAAGACGGGGAACGAAGAGGCCAUGGAAGCCGAAAUCAAGGAUAAGGCGUACGAGGAAAUCAUGGGCAAUAAGGCCGAAAGUGAAGACUCCCAACCUCUCUCCCUCGCUACGCGCGUCACUGUGCGCCACUCUUCCUACGCGCUCGCCUAA